AUGCCUAGCGCCACGGGUCAGAACUGGGAGAAGUACCAGAAGACCUACGCAGACGACGAGGAACAAGAGAAGAAGAUCACACCCCUCACAGACGAUGAUAUCGCAGUACUCAAGACCUACGGUGCGGCACCCUACGCGAACGCACUGAAGAAGCUCGAAAAGGAUAUCAAGAACAAACAGAACAGCGUCAAUGAGAAAAUCGGCGUCAAGGAAUCCGACACUGGUCUCGCACCUCCACACCUCUGGGAUGUUGCCGCUGAUCGACAACGUAUGGCGGAGGAACAACCGCUGCAGGUCGCAAGGUGUACGAAGAUUAUCCAGGACGAGAAAGACUCCGACAAGAGCAAAUAUGUGAUCAACGUCAAGCAGAUUGCCAAGUUUGUUGUCAACCUAGGAGAGCGCGUCAGUCCCACAGAUAUCGAAGAAGGAAUGAGAGUUGGUGUCGACCGCAAUAAGUACCAGAUCAUGCUGCCCUUGCCCCCAAAGAUCGACCCUAGCGUGACGAUGAUGACAGUCGAGGAUAAGCCCGACGUUACAUACGGCGAUGUUGGUGGUUGCAAAGAACAAAUUGAAAAGCUACGAGAAGUCGUCGAGAUGCCCUUGCUAUCGCCAGAACGUUUCGUGAACCUUGGUAUCGACCCGCCCAAGGUUGCCAACCGGACAGAUGCCACCUUCAUUCGUGUCAUUGGAAGUGAGUUGGUGCAGAAGUACGUUGGUGAGGGUGCUCGAAUGGUCCGAGAGCUCUUCGAGAUGGCCCGUACCAAAAAGGCAUGUAUCAUUUUCUUCGAUGAAAUUGAUGCCGUCGGUGGUGCCCGCUUCGACGAUGGCGCUGGUGGUGACAACGAAGUUCAGCGAACCAUGUUGGAACUGAUUACCCAGUUGGAUGGUUUCGAUUCUCGUGGUAACAUCAAGGUUAUGUUCGCUACUAACCGACCUUCCACACUUGACCCCGCUUUGAUGCGUCCUGGCCGUAUCGAUCGUAAGAUCGAGUUCUCACUGCCGGAUGUCGAGGGUCGUGCAAACAUUCUCCGAAUUCACGCCAAGAGCAUGUCCGUUGAGCGAGACAUUCGUUGGGAGUUAAUUUCACGACUGUGCCCCAACGCCACAGGUGCUGAGCUUCGCAGUGUUGCCACCGAGGCGGGUAUGUUUGCCAUUCGUGCUCGCCGCAAGGUGGCCACCGAGAAGGACUUCCUGGCGUCUGUGGAGAAGGUCAUCAAGGGUAACCUGAAGUUUAACUCGACGGCGACAUACAUGCAAUACAACUAG